AUGUCCUGGGGCGGAUUCAAGAAGGCCGCCACCCGUGCGGGCACGCAGCUCAUGCAGAAGACGGGACAGGUGGAGCGUACCGUCGACCACGACUUUGCCGAGCAGGAGAGCAAGUACAGGACCAUGGAGAAGGAGUCGACGGGCCUGCAGAAGGACGCCAAGACCUACCUCGAUGCCAUGCGCACCAUGUCCUCGUCGCAGGAGCGUAUCGCCGAGACCAUUUCCCUGUUCUACACCGCCGACAAGGCGAGCGAGGGCGCCAUGGCCGGCCACGCAUACAAGGCCGCCGUUGACGAGCUCGACAAUGUCGUCACUCGUGACCUCGACGGGCCAUUCCGCGCCACUGUCCUCGAGCCCGUGGGCAGGCUCAACCAGUACUUUACCAACGUCAACGCCGCUAUUGAGAAGAGGAAUCACAAGCUGAUCGACUAUGACGCUUCCCGGUCCAAGGUCCGCAAGCUCGUCGAGAAGCCCUCGGACGACACCGUCAAGCUUCCCAGGGCUCAGGCUGAGCACGACGAGGCCCGUGAGAUCUACGAGCUCCUCAACGACCAGCUCAUUGCCGAGCUGCCCCAGAUGGUCGAGCUCCGUGUCCCCUUCCUGGACCCGUCGUUCGAGUCGAUGGUGCGCUGCCAGCUGCGUUUCGCCGACGAGGGCUACGAGAAGCUCUCGGGUGUGCAGAGGUACUUUUCCGAAAACAUCCGCGACGACUACGCCAACGGCCAGCUGGACGUGCAGGUCGAGAACGUCCUCGCUGAGAUGAAGGAGCUGGCCAUUUACGGCGUCUAG